UCAUGUGAUCAUCUGUGUCCAAUCACAGCUGGCACUGAUGCCACCUGUCAGUGUCCAUCAAUGCCACCUGCCAGUACCCAUUAGUGCCACACCAAUUCCACAUAUCAGUGCCUAACAGGGCACAUCAAUGCCACAUAGCAGUGCCCAUCUGAGCUGCCUUUCAGUGUCACCUAUCAGUGCCAGUCAGUGCCACCUAUCAAUGCCAGUCAUUGCCACCUAUCAGUGCUGCCAGUCAGUGCCACCUAUCAGUGUGCAUCAGUGCCACCUAUUAGUGCCCGUCAGUGCUGCCUAUCAGUUCCGCCUAACAGUGCCAGUCAGUCCCACCUAACAAUGUCAGUCAGUGCCGCCUAUCAGUGCCAUUCAGUGUCACCUAUCAG